AUGGAAGGUCCAUUAGCUGAGAAUAUGACAGUAAAUGACGUUAAGCAACUAGUGACCGAGCUGGAAACGGCGUCUCAGCUUACCAAACGGGGUAAAGCCUCUAAAGUGCUAUGCACAUUAAAAUAUUCCGGCAUUAAGGUCAAUAGCUGGCGAUUCAACGAGUGGGACUAUGGGAAGAACAAUAUAAGCAUGCCAUGUAAUGCGCGAGGGCUAUUCAUAAUCGAUGACCCUGAGAAGCCGGAAAUUGUGGCUCGCGGCUACGAUAAGUUCUUCAACGUGGAAGAAAUCGCUGCCACGGCUUGGAAAGAGUUAGAGCGAACCACCGAGGGCCCCUAUGAAGUGAGUUUGAAAGAGAACGGGUGUAUUAUAUUCAUUGCAGGAAGGCCUGACGGGGAGCUAGUUGUGUGCUCAAAGCACUCUACAGGUCCGCGUGAUGACACUGACAGAAAUCAUGCCGAAGCCGGCGAACAAUUUCUACGAAAACUGCUAGAAGAGGCAGGUGCUUCUGUUGAAACAUUGGCGCGCGAGCUGUAUGCGAUGAACUGCACAGCUGUGGCAGAGUACUGCGAUGACGCUUUUGAAGAGCACAUUAUCCCGUACGCACGUGACCGCGCGGGCCUAUACUUGCAUGGGCUCAACAAGAAUACCAGAGAAUUCCAGACGCUGCCAAUGCCUGAGGUGAAGAGCUUUGCAGAGAAGUACCAUUUAAAGAUUGUGGACUACUUUGUAAAGCCUGACAUAGAGACACUUCGCAGUUUUCUGCAACAAUGCAGCAUAAAGGGCUCUUACAAUGAUCAGGAGGUUGAAGGCUUUGUGAUCCGCUGCAGGAAGAGAGAUGGGCACGCAUUUUUGUUCAAGUAUAAAUUUGAGGAGCCUUACCUGCUAUACAGACAGUGGCGCGAAGCGACGAAGGAUUAUAUCAACAGUAGAAUGCGGACCUACAACUUCAAAAAGCAUCGCUUUAUCACAAACAAAUACUUGGACUUUGUUAUCCCUUUGCUGGAUCAAGAUCCUGAUCUCUGCAAGGAGUAUAUACAAGGUAAGGGAAUUAUCAAGUUACGAAAAAUGUUCCUAGAAGACUUUGGGAUGUCUGGAUUGGAUAUUAUGAACUCGAAGACUAUAAAAGAGCUCGAGGAACAGUAUGCAUCUGAGCUCGAUAAGGUAGACGAGAAUACCAAGUUCAUUUUCAUCCCUGUGGCCACGGUUGGUUGUGGAAAGACGACAGUCGCGCUGGCAUUGAAGAAUAUUUUUGGAGAGUCCUGGGGCCACAUACAGAAUGAUAAUAUUGUUACUAAGGAUAAGAGCAAAUUGAUGCGUGACGCGCUAGAGUUUCUACAAAAGGAUACUUCAAGAGCUGUAAUUGUGGACAGAAACAAUCAUAUGCCGUUCGAGCGGAAACAACUUUUCGAAUGGUUGGAAAAGAUGAAGGAGAAUUAUAUUCCGUACAACAGUGCAGUCAAAGUCGUGUGUUUAUCAUUUUUGACUUACAAGGAUGUGGAAUCCGUUAGAGAAAUAACUAAAUCCCGCGUUGCAGAAAGAGGCGACAACCAUCAAUCUAUUAAAGCUUUAUCGGAGCCAGAAAAGGCAAUUAUGAUCUUAGAUGGGUUCCUCAAGAGGUUUCGCGCGGUUAACGACCAGCGGAGCCCUGACAAUAUGUUUGACAAGAUUAUUCAGCUCAAAGUGCUUGAAGAAAACUCUUCUUUAACAAAUAUAAGAACGAUCCUAGAAGAACUGCAUGCUAGUUAUCCCACACUAGUCCCAGAACUACCGUCCGAUAGUGUGAUAGAGGAGUCAUUUAAGAAUACACUGUCAUACAAACCGACGUUCACAAAGAUCAUCAAAUCCAGUCCUCGCAAUACGAAGUACAAGCCUACUUAUUGGGGCGCUGAAUUAUCUGAUCCGAAGCUGUUCAUAAAUCAGGUCAGUGAUUUAAUCGUAAGAAAACGCCCAGAAUACCUCCGCGGAGUAUUAGACAUAGUGGAAGAAGCGAUGAUUCAAAAAUCAUUCCAUGUUACUCUUAUCCACUGCUCUGCCAAACGGGGCAAUAAGGAAGAGAAGGAUAUGUGGGCUGAGUACAAUAAAAGAUACGCUAAUCAUCUCGUCAAACCGGAGAAAGCGCCCUGUCAGCCACCAAAGUACAUAGAAACCACCGAUUUCAUCAAGUUUUCGAUUGAUAAACUGUUAUGGGAUGACAAAAUCAUGACUGCUACCGUAAGCACCGACAAACUAAUCUAUGAUUCCACUGGCGAGGCUGUUCCUAUUCUCAGACUAUUGAACACAUAUGCGCAUAUCACCGUGGGGACUAGAAAAGCGGGCGUUCAGGCUGUAUACUCUAAUGAGCUCUGCCGCCGGUUCCAUGAGAAACAUGGAGAAGAGGAGGGCUCUUUCAGUGAAGGAAUGAACUGCAUUAGAUUCCCCGAGCCAGUCCAAGUCGUGGCUGCCGUUAGAAUUAACAUAUAUUAA